AAUAUAUGCGACCGCCUACCGUGCAAGUUGGCUCAAACGCGCGCUCUUAAAGUACAAAAUAUACGCUACAAGCAAACUAAAAACAACAACCAACAGCGAGAAUGCAGGAUCAACGAUUAAAGGAUUUUCUCAAAGAGUUUAUCAUCAGCGACUCACAGCUACAGGAACUGUACAAACGUUUUACCAGUGAAAUACAGAAGGGGCUAACGCUGGCCACGCACCAACAGGCGGAUAUAAAGUGUUAUAUGACAUAUGUGCAAGAUUUGCCAACUGGUGAUGAGAAGGGCAAUUAUUUAGCGCUCGAUUUGGGUGGCACUAACUUCCGCGUUUUGCGCGUUUCACUGCAGGGGCAUCAUGAGGCGCAGAUUGAAUCGAAAGUAUAUGUCGUAGAUAAGGAGCUGAUGACCGGACACGGCACCAAACUUUUCGAUCACAUUGCUAAUUGUUUGGCAGAGUUUGUGGAUGAGCACGCAUUGAAUGAUCAGCAUUUGCCGUUAGGUUUUACAUUUUCCUUUCCAUGCGUACAAGUGGGCUUGACAGAAGCGCUGUUAACGCGUUGGACAAAGGGUUUUCGGUGUGACGGUGUUGAGCAAGAGGAUGUGGGGCGUUUAUUAAAGGAAGCAAUUGCACGACGAGGUGACUUGGAGAUCGAUGUCAUGGCUCUACUAAACGAUACCACUGGCACACUAAUGUCCUGCGCGCAUCGCAAUCCAGAAUGUCGCAUUGGGGUUAUUAUCGGUACGGGUUGUAAUGCGUGCUAUGUGGAACGUGUGGAAAAUGCCGAUUUAUUGGAACCUGAAUAUAAAGUUGAUAAGCCGAAUAUAUUGGUGAAUACGGAAUGGGGUGCAUUUGGCGAAAGCGGAAAACUAGAAUUUGUGCGCACAGAUUAUGAUCGUAAAAUUGAUAAGGAUUCGUUGAAUCGCGGCGGUCAGCUGUUUGAAAAAAUGAUAUCAGGCAUGUAUUUGGGUGAGUUGGUGCGCUUGGUGUUGGCCGAUGCAAUAACUCAGAAUUUAAUAUUUGUGCGAAGCGGUGAAAAACAACGUUUGACAAAUAUUCUCACAGACAACGCAGGCUGUGUUGAAACACGGUUUAUUUCAGAAAUUGAAAGCGACACUUUUCCGGCUUUUCCACAAACCCGCAACAUACUCAAAGAGUUGCUUGGCUUGGAGAAUGUCUCAGUGGAAGACUGUCAGAAGCUAAAAUAUAUCUGUGAAUGCAUUUCGAAACGCGCUGCCAAAUUGGUGGCAGUGGGUAUAAGUGGUUUGAUAAAUAAAAUAGCUGAGCCACAUGUCGUGGUCGGUGUAGACGGUUCCGUUUACCGACUUCAUCCGCACUUCGACACUUAUCUGCGCGAAGCAAUGCAAAAAUUGGUAAGUCCGAAAAUAAAUUUUGAACUUAUGCUCUCGGAAGAUGGUUCCGGACGUGGUGCAGCACUGGUGGCAGCAGUGGCGAGCAAAAAUUAAAAACUAUUUUUACCGCAAAAAUGUUUGUUAUGUUAAAUUUUUGGUUAAAG